AGACUAGCUUUGGUCUUUUUGGCUCCCACUUUCCUUAGCUCCAGUUUGAGCUUCAGUUGCCAUCAUGAGACUGGGUGUGUUUCUACUGCUGUCAGUGCUUUGGACGGCACAAGGAUUUCCUACUCAUAAAGGUUGCGCCGGAGGACCAGGCGGUCCCCCUGGUUUGGUCAGUCCAGCUUUCCAACCAGUGGUAUUAGUACCCGUCUACCUGGCUUCACCAUGCGGCCUUGGAGGUGGUGGAGGCGAUCAGGGAGAUGGUGGUGAUGACGGCGAUGAAGGAGUUUGUGGUGGAAGUGGAGGAAGCGGUGGAAGUGGAAGUGGUACAGGAAGUGGAGGAAGCGGUGGAAGUGGAAGCGGUACAGGAAGUGGAGGAAGCGGUGGAAGUGGAAGCGGUACCGGAAGUGGAGGAAGCGGUGGGAGCGGAAUUGGAAGCGGAAAUGGAAGUGGAAUCGGAAGUGGAAGUGGAAGCAGUUCCGGAAGUGGAGGAAGCGGUGAAAGUGGAAGCGGUACCGGAAGUGGAGGAAGCGGUGAUAACGGAAGUGGAAGCGGAAAUGGAAGUGGAAGCGGAACCGGAAGUGGAAGCGACACCGGGAGUGGAAGUGAUAUCAAUAGCGGAAGUGGAAGCGACAUCGGAAGUGGAAGUGGUAGCAGCAGCGAUAGUGCAAGCGGAAAUGGAAGUGGAAGUGGAAGCGGAGUCUUGGCCUAGAAGGGUAAGACGGCCACCAAGAGGUCCAGACGACAACAUGGGGAACCUCAAGGGCCGGCUUCGGGAGGAUGACCUUUGGCGAGACUAACCAUUAGAAAAUUCACACUCUUUAACUACAGGUUGAACCUGUGGCUGUUGUUUAAAUCCUGAUUUCAUUUUUGUCGGUAUUCACCUGAAUUUGAUAUAAUGAAGAGUAAUCUGA